AUGCGUCUCUCCGCCCUCCCGUUCCUCACCCUCGCCCUCUCCCCACUCACCGCAGCCUACACCCCGCUCUCAGACGACGCCCUCCGGUCCCUACCAACCCCAUCCCAGGAGGACUUCGACCCCUCCCACCCAGGCCCCUCCGGAAAGGGCCUCCUCGCACCCUUACUAAUCCCACGGGUACCGGGAACACCAGGCCAGCAGGCGGCCCAGCAACAUUUCAUCUCCUUUUUCCGCUCACAAUUACCCGAAUGGCGCGUGUCAUGGCAGAACUCGACGGGUACCACCCCGCGGACGGGCGACCGGCAGAUCCCCUUCCAAAACAUCAUCCUGCGCCGCGAGCCCCCCUGGAUCCCGCCCGACAGGCCCGGGACUGCUGCAUUACUCACUCUGGUUGCGCACUACGACAGCAAGAUUGAGCCUGAGGGGUUUCUGGGCGCAACAGACAGUGCGGCGCCUUGCGCGGUGCUGAUGUUUGUGGCGCGGGAGAUUGAGAAGGCGUUGGUCAGGAUGUGGUCGGCGUCGUCGUCGUCGGCGGCGGGUGGGAAGAAACAGGGCGAGGGGGAUGUGGGCGUGCAGAUACUCUUGUUGGAUGGGGAGGAGGCGUUUGUGAGCUGGACGGAUACGGAUUCGUUGUAUGGUGCUAGGUCCCUCGCAGACGAGUGGGAGGCUACGCCAUACCCGGCCAUGUCCACCUUCAAGAACCCACUACGGCAGAUCAGCCUGUUUGUGCUCCUCGACCUGCUCGGCGCAGCCAAUCCCGAGAUUCCGUCGUACUUUCAGAGCACGCACUGGGCGUACCAGAAGAUGGCGACGCUCGAGGGCAGGCUACGCAGCUUGGGAGUGAUGGAGACUAAGCCGAGCAAGCCGUUCCUGCCGCAGGGCGGCAAGGCGGCGAGCGAGUUUCAUGGCAGAGCAUUCGCCGUGGGCGACGACCAUGUGCCGUUCAUGGCCAGGGGCGCGCCGGUACUACACCUCAUCCCCUCGCCAUUCCCGAGGGUGUGGCACACGAUGGAGGACGAUGGGGACCAUCUAGAUAUGCCUACCGUGAGGGACUGGGCACGACUUGUCACGGCCUUUACGUUGGAGUGGAUGGACGUGCAAAACGGGGAGUCGAAGGGGUGA